CAUUCUUUUCCUUUGCAGCUCAUAUAAAAGAGUGCGAGCAGCAGAGAGCAACUCUGGAGCAAUAACCUGCAGUGCUUCGCGUAGUGGAGCCGUUCGAACCCUUUCUAGCCAUGUCCGUCAUUAUCUCCACCUUGAGGCACCCGGCCUCCUUGGCGUUGACUGCCGUGUUUUUGUCCUGGUGGCUUUAUACAACCGUUAACUCGAACCGAACCACCCCAAGGGCUCCUUCAGAAACCCCCAAAGAAGUGGGAGAGGAUAUAGUUGAGAAGGAAAAGGUUGUGGUCAGUUCCGCUAAAUUGGCAGCACAAGACGCUCGCAAGCGUCGUAAGCAGCGUAGAGACGAAAAGAAGGCAGCGGCGAAAGGUUGUUGCCAAACCGGCGAGGAAGAGAGCAAUGGGACUGGCUGUUGCUCCACCGGCGGAGAGAAGGCAGAUGCGGGCUGCUGCAAGACAGCGCCCGCAUCGGUCACCGAGACCCCGGCGGUCACACUUGCAGAGCUUGGUGAGGACACCGACGUGAAGAAGACGACGUUGAAGAUCAUUUACGGCACGCAGACUCGCACAUCCCGUGCGCUAUCCUAUCGUCUCAAGGAGCUUGUCGAAGCUUCCAUCCCCCUGAUCAAAGAUGUGCAAGUGAUCAACAUCGCCGACUACGAAAACGAGGAUCUGUUGACCGAAAAGUCGCCCGUCGUCUUUUUCUUGUCCACGUACACAGAAGGCACGCCGACAGAAGAUUGCUCGUGGUUUUAUCAGUGGCUGGAGGACGUGCGGUAUGACCACAGAGUCAACAAGCAGUGCAUGAAGGGAUUGAAGUUUGCGGUGUUUGGAUUGGGCGAUUCGGUUUACACCGACCAUUAUUGCACCGUUGCGAAGGUGGUGGACAAGUAUAUCGGAGAGCUGGGCGGACGCAGGAUGGCCCCUUUGGCGUUCGGGGACAAGAGCGAUGACACAGAAGCGCAGUUUCUCAAAUGGACAACACUAUAUCUGAGCCGGUUGUUGGGCGUGGCUAAUCAUCUGUCCGUCGCAGAUGAAAUGGAGUUUGCGGACGCUGAUGUCUCUGGGGACGAAGAGGACGAGGAGGAGAGUGCCGAUGAGGAGGAUGGUGACGCUGCUGCUGGCGGCAGCGGUGACGAACUCAUGGAUCUGGAGGAUAUGGGCGCGAUGGCGUCCAAGAUCAAAGAUGCGAAAACCAGAAAAGCAGACGAGGAAUCUGCUUUCAAGGCCUCCAAAGGCUUCAAAGGCUCCAAAGGCACCGAAACCGAAGAAGUACGACCAGAAAGAGUCGCGAAGGAGAUGGUUACCCCCAUGUUGCGGAAAUCCCUCGAGAAGCAGGGAUAUAAGAUCGUCGGCACUCACAGUGGUGUGAAGAUCUGUCGCUGGACUAAAGCGAUGUUGCGGGGUCGUGGCGGAUGUUACAAACACACGUUCUACGGGAUUGAGUCGCACAGGUGUAUGGAAACGACACCCUCCCUGGCCUGCGCCAAUAAAUGUGUCUUCUGCUGGCGUCAACACACCAAUCCCGUUGGUACGGAAUGGAGAUGGAAGCAAGACGACGCGCUGGAGGUCGUAGACGGAGCGAUGGAAGGUCAUUACAAGAUGAUCAAGCAACUGAAGGGUGUGCCCGGUGUCAAGGCGGACCGGUUCGAGGAGGCAUUCACCAUCAAACACUGUGCUUUGUCGCUGGUCGGCGAGCCAAUUAUGUACCCCCAAAUCAACGAGUUCGUUCAGAUUCUGCACUCCCGGAACAUCAGCUCAUUCUUGGUGACCAACGCUCAAUUCCCUGACGCCAUCGAUGCGCUAGUGCCGGUGACCCAACUUUAUGUGUCCAUCGAUGCCGGUACCAAGGAAGAUCUGAAGAAGAUUGACCGCCCUCUGUUCAAAGACUACUGGGAGCGGUUCCUAGCCUGUCUUGACGCACUUGGCAAAAAGGGCCAACGCACAGUGUACCGCCUCACCCUCGUCAAAGACAAAAACGACACCACCAUGGACGACUACGCCACCCUCAUCGCCCGCGGCAACCCAGAUUUCAUCGAAGUCAAAGGCGUAACCUACUGUGGCUUUUCCGGCGCAUCGCACCUGACCAUGAAAAACGUGCCCUAUCACCAUGAAGUGCUGCAAUUCUGCAAAAACCUCUGCGACAAGCUCGGCGACGACAAGUACGCUGUUGCGUGUGUUCAUGAACACUCUUGCAGUGUCUUAAUUGCCGACAAGACCCGCUAUUACAAAGAGGGCGGGUGGUGGACGUGGAUUGAUUAUGAUCGGUUCUUUGAGCUGGUUAGGGAUGGCAAGGAGUUUACGAGCUUGGAUUAUAUGCAGAGGACGCCCGACUGGGGUGUGGUCGGGAAUGAGGCGGCCGGGUUUGAUCCGGCGGAGACUAGGUUCCAUAGAAAGAGUAAGAAGACUGCCAUUGUGGAGGUUGCGCAUGAGGAAACGGCGGGACGGUAGUUGGCAGGGCGUAGGUUGAGGUGGUUUGUGGUUUGAUCCACGCGUAUGGCGACUGCGAGUGUUUUUCACAGAUUCACGUGAAAUGAUGUAUUUAAC